AUGGUGCUGUUUUCAAUGAAUAGUAGCAGGUCCCUCAAUUCUGAGGGGUCUACGCUAUCAACGGGAAGAGACAUUAAAAGAUCCGUAGAGAAGGUGCCUCUCCUUCCGGUGCAAACACCUACCAAAAUCGAUUUUGAAGGUGACGAAGCAUUGGAAAGGAUUGUGCGAAAGCUUGGGAAGUUUACUGGUGUCAAACCGAAUACUCUCAUCGAUACCAAGUUGCGACAACCGUUGAUAGUGGAAUUGAGUACAAAGCGACAAGAAUUGUUUCAGGAGCUACUUCAAUUGGCCAUUGACGAACGCGGUGAGGUAGAAGACUGGACCGAUAAGGCAUUUGCAACAAAGAUUAUUGAGAUAGUGCACGGCACAUACUCAAGUAUGCCCCCUCUGCAUCCACAAACGAGAGCAUUCCAGCAACAUGCGGCAAAAUUUCUCGAUUGCAGAAGCCGGAUGGACGCAGAGUAUUUCGAAAACAAGGAGUUUCAGCAGAUUGCGCUGCUGUGUGUUCAAACGAAUUCAGCUGGCAUUGAAUCCGACACUCAACAGUAUAAGCAGCAAUCGAUGACGGGAGCGCCAGUCGAUUCAUUUGACGAGCUGUACGAGGCUGCGACUAUUGCAAAUCCCAUCUUCAAAGAUACUGUGAUGCGCCUCCUUGAUCGAACACGCAAGGACUGUGGCGGUUCUGGAGACGGCGUCGCUAUAGAAUUUCCGAGAUUGAAGGACAGGGAGCGCGCAUUGCAAAAGGCAGACGACGACUACAUGAAUCGCACAUCGGGUCCUGCCAUGUGUUGGUUGUAUGACAUUGUGAGAUGCAGCAUCGAGUUUAAUUCAGUAGAUCAGAUCACAAGGUUCUUGGAUCUAAUGAAGGCCGAUGACUCGAUCUAUAUCGUAAAGUCCAAAAAUCGGUUCGCACAGCCAGGACUUUCGGGGUAUCGAGACUUGUUGUUUCAUAUCCAAAUUAGCACACUGCAUGGAUUCAAGCACAUCUGCGAGAUUCAGAUUCAUCAUAAGGAAAUGAAGAAACUGGACAAAGAACUUCUGUCGCAUUUCUACUAUGAAUUCUUUCGCUCGUACCUGACUCGAGAUGAAGAUGCGCUGCAGGAUCGUUUGGACGAUUUGGAAGUCAUCACAGGAGAAGCAUUUCUCGAUGAGCAUGCUUUGGAGAAUCUGCUUCGCCAGCCAAUGGAAGUGUCGGAAAUCAAUAGAUUCGUUAACUUGUUCAGUGAUCAACUCGGUGAGGAUGAAUGGGCAAUGCGCUUCGUUGCCAAGUUGUUGUGGCGUGACAUGAAUACGAACGGACCAUCCACUAUCACCAUUGCAAAUGCUUACGAUAAGCUCGGAAAAAUUCUUCAAAAGACAUAUCGUGGGAAAAUGGACGAGGAGGCACUUCUGCUACACCUGAGAUCUCUCAGUAUCAAGAAGAAGGAGCUCGGAAACAAGGAUAUUGCACUGGCCCAAACCUACGAAAACAUUGCCCUACUUCACAUUUCCAUGGACGAACACUUGGAAGCCAUGAAGCAUCUCAAAGGUGCACUCGAAAUCAAAACGAGGAAUCUAGGAGAAUAUCACCUCUCUGUAGCACAAACUUACAAUCACAUGGUCACUCCAAGUUUACAGCUGAAGAGAACCGCUGACGUCGUAGAGCUGUGUCAUCGAUCAGUGCAAAUCAGAUCAAGCAGAGUAGGCAAGGAUCACCCUGAUCUUGCUGACGUCUACCGGUUGUUGGCAGGUGCCUUCCUCCGACAAUCCAAGUACUACGAUGCCCUUGAGAACUACGAAAGAUCGCUUGAAAUCAGAAAGAAGCUGGUUGGAGAGAACGACGAAUCUCUUCUGGAAGACUAUAAAGGGUUAUUGCAUGUCCAGUUCCAUCAAGGUCGCUUGAAUAGAGUCCAGGAGCUGCAUCAGCGAAUUUCAUACAUAAGGCUUAAAAUGUCAAAGGGAAAAUUGACCAAGCCUUUGCCUGGAAAACAUUUUAUCAAGAGCCUGAAAGUACUUCGAAUAGCGUCUGCUCCGGUAUCCUUCUGCUUGAAUGGAUUUUGGUGCCGAAGAAUGAGUUCGAUGGGAAUUUCCCAGAAAUAUUUGAAGGGAUGUUUCAUCGAUGAGGCGUUUGAAGGGUCUGACGGGGAGGAUGCGCUUUCGGGUUUUCUAAGAAGUGCUCAUUUGUGUUUGGUCUAG